ACUCGGAUGAGAAAUAUAAGCAAAUUGACGAGUAUUCUCAAAAAAAAGCUAAAAAAUGGCUUGAGAAAUAUGUAGAUGGCUUGAGUAAUAUUAGUCCCAAAAUGAUGCUUAAUCAUGGAUAUGCUUACAAAUGUGCCUACAAGAAUGCAAUCAAAACUGCACAAUCUAUAUUACAUCAGAAGAUAGAUAAUAUCUACGAGAUAUUUCAUGGAAAAUGGCUUAAUUUUGAGGAUUUUAAGGCAACUAAUACUGUUGAAAGAUUAUGA